ACGCAGGACGCCUGCCGGAUUGCGCGCUUCUUACUCAAACGUCAGCACGCAAAACUACCCACUCAGGUCCCGUAGCUCGACAAUCUGCUAGCCACCCCUGAUUGCGGUAGGUGCUCGCCUCCCUGCCCUUGCGCCUGCGCACUACGGUUCCUACCAGUCGCUGCGGCCGGGAUCGGGAAGUGUCCAGCGAGAGCUGGGUUCCCCCCGCCUUCGGCUCCCACCGCUGAUCCCGGAUCCCUAGCCAGGCCCGGGCCCAGCCGCCAUGACGAACGUGUACUCCUUGGAUGGGAUUCUGGUGUUUGGCUUGCUCUUUAUUUGCACCUGUGCCUACUUCAAGAAGGUUCCCCGUCUCAAAACCUGGCUGCUGUCGGAGAAGAAGGGAGUCUGGGGUGUGUUUUACAAAGCUGCUGUGAUCGGAACCAGGCUGCACGCUGCUGUGGCAGUCACCUGCGUCAUCAUGGCCUUUUACGUCCUGUUCAUAAAAUGAAUUCCAGAGCAUCCAUCUCGUCAACUGCCAACCAAGGGGACGAGGGUGAAGGACCUGUCGGGGGCCUGGGACCAGCAUAGGAGAGUUCAGCUGAAAUCAUCCGAGGCCCCAGGAUGACACCACAGCUUCUGCCCCUCCCAUAUGUGGGGAAAACUCACGGUCACAAACAUUAUUUAUGCUUCAGGGGACUCCAGAAAGCCAACUCCUCCAAUCAGUCCUCGCAGACAGUGCAUAAUGCCCAGAUAAAUUACACGCGUCGGUGAUAACAUUACAUACCUCCUGCUUAGAAACCUGUCAUCUGUUUGGUUCCUCGGCCCUCGCCAGGAUCUUUUCAUACUGAAGAUCUUUAGGGAAGGACAUAAGCUGUGUUCAGAUGUCUUGGAAAGAAAGAAUUUUCGAGACUUGACUUUUUUUCCCCCGUUGUUGUGAUUUAGAUUUGGCAGGUUGGAAGAGUGUGGGGAACUGGGUGGGAAACAGGAGUUGUCCAAUGCCCAGAAAUAUUUGGCUUUGGAAACUCAUCUUUCAUAUACUCAUCUGGCACCAUGAGAGAGUGGCAUGGUCCUCGCUGCAAAAAGAGAAGAGGUGAAGUCACUGUUCUGUGUGCUGGAAGCUGCAGAGUUUGGCCAAGAUGGUCUGGGCCGGCAUGAGAUUUGGGAGCUUCCUGUCUGUGAUGAAAGCGGAAGGCAGCAACUCAGACAAGAAGAAAGGUUCUGUUCACCAGUACCCCCAAAAGGAGACAUCACCCCAACCGAUGGUGUAAGAAGAUAAAUCCACUGAUUCUCUUUUCCUAAGCCUUUUUAUAUUUUCUAAACUACUGAGUGCUAAAUACUCAGUCUUAAAUGCCACCACUAGGGAGAAGAGAAAUGAUUGAAGAAGUAAUUGUUUAAUGUAUUUGCAGCUAGAGUAGAAGAAAUAAAUCUAGUAUAUUCAGAUACUAGUAAAGUCAUCUAGUAGAAAUUAAUUGUGAUGUUAGAUGGGAGUUUUGUUAUGUUAUCCAUGAUGCAAACCUAUCCUUUGUUUAAAUUUGUGUUGUUACGGCCAUUUUUAGUUGAUUACUACUUUUCUCAGCCAACUCUUAAUUUUCUUCAUAUUACAAUCCUCUUUAGCUGUCCUUGGUAAAUUCUGUAUUAUAUGAAAAUGAGAAAUUCAAAUGAGAGAAGUUGCUAAUAUUCAUAGGCAUAUUUGGACAGUUCAUAGACUCCAUGAAUAAAUGAGGGUGCUUCUUAAAGUAAAGGAAAACAAAGGCUUGCAACUGGAUUGAUGACUUUUCCAUAGAGUAUGAUAACUCCUGAGCAAAUCGUUUUAGACGACUCAAUAUUUGAAGAGGAGACUUCUACAUUUCCUCCUCCUCUUAUCAGCAAAAAAAUCAAAUAUUACAUUUUUGAAGCCUAGAACUUCUUUACUUAAAAAAAAAGUGGGUCUAAAAUUAUUGUAGAAAGCAAGCAUGUACCUGGGUCUACUAGUUGCCUUGUCCAUUGGAAUAAAACUCGACUGUGGACACGUUAGCUGUGCUUGACCCCUGUGUGGUAGCAAAUUGUGUUUUGUCGUACUCUGAAAGGACAGAAGCUGCGAGGAAGUUAGGUUCUGAAACAGGCGGUUUCGUCUUUGCAGGUUUUUCGAAGUACAGAAAGUCAUUAUGUAAACACUACAUGUCUCAUCAUCUCAGAGUUGUGGCUGUGGUCUCGUCAGGAACUGGUUCACAGGGUAACUUUCAAUGAUUCAUAGGUUUUCCGUGGUCAUUUCUGAGGACCUUUCACACGUGAGAAAGGAAAUGGGAAAGAAGUUACACCUCCUGGGGUGUGAGUUUGGGACCUGUCGGCCAAUGGGGUGUCUCUCCCCGGAAACACAGGUUCAAUGGGUUUGCAGUUGUUACUGUGUAGCUUUAAUGACUUUUGUUUUCUAAUAGGGCUAAUGUCUCUAAGCUUGGUGCUUAGAGCUCUUUCAGGUUUUAAACUAGUUUCAUUUCACAGUUCUGGUUAUUUAAACCAAUAUUUGCAGCUUCCUGAGCAGGUCACCUUGACUCUUGAAUCGUAAUAUUUUGAGAUGUUUUCAUUCUCGAAUAUACCAAAAAGUGCACAGAGCGAAGGCAAUUUACAGCAAAGCAAAACAGAACAAAAAAAUACACAGCUUAUUUCACUUU